UUCAGAGGCCAUAUUGGCAUCGCGUAGACAGCGAGACUGAAAGAACCAGUGGCAGCAUUUUCCUUUGUCGACGCUUCAUCGCCAAUCAGGCGACUUCCGAGAUGGCACCCCAAAAUGGUCGACAGAAACUCGCUUCUCAUGUUGUUCGUCUUUUUCUUCUACCGUAUAAAAUGUUUCACCCCUCCCUUCCGCUGUCGUUGUGGGAAAAAAAAACAGAAACCAAACAAAAACGCCAUUUCCCAAUGUCGAAACACGUGUGUAGCGACGAGUGUAUCAUUCGAUUGUAAGAUGAACCAAUGGAAGAUGGACGAAACGGGAAAGGCAUGGUAUCUUCUUCGUGAGAGGCAGAUGGUAGGCAAUUUCUGGGUAAUUCUGUCGGCGGUCAAAGGCAGACCAAGACUGGAGAGCCGUGCUCUCUCAGCACAGGGAGAAGCCACGAUCUAGAAUACCCCCCAGCCCCGUACGCGACACGGAAUCAGAUAACGCAUCGGC